UAAUGGAAUUUAUUCAAACUAAUCAUGGAAGAAAACGUAAUAAAAAAUGUUUCAUAAACAGUAUAGAACUAUUUGAUCAUAUUAAGUUUGAGGUUAGAUCUGAAAAAUCAAAUAAAAUUCGAUAUAAUAGAAUAAAUAAAAGGUAAUUUCUUAAAACAAUGAACGCGAGUACUUUUUGGAAAAAUUACAAAGCAGCUGAUGAAUGGCAAAAAACACAUAAUGUGACAUGGUGGAAAACAAGAUGCUUUGCUUUAGAACAUGAAAAUCAUGUACUUAGAGUGAACAUUAAAAAUUUAAUUUCAGAUAAAAGUUGUAAAAGUAAUUUAACUAAAAUAUAUUCAAAUAGACAACAUAAUAUAAAAAAUAAAAAACUUGAAAAUGAAAGUGUUUUAGAUGAAAAUAUUGAAUUUCAUUUAAAUGAAGAUAUGAUGUAUUUUUUAACACAAAGUAUUAAACAUAAAAUUGAAUUAAAAAAAAAAAAAGAAAUUACAGAAAUAAAUAGAAAAAAUAUUGAAGAAUUAAAAGAAGGAAAAUUUGACUGGAUUAACAGAAAAAAUGAAGAUGCAAAAUUGCUAUAUGGUAAAGCAAGUUCGACGGUUUUAGCUAUGGAAACAGCUCUAGAAGCCACAAUUGAAAGACACAUAGACAAGACAAAGCCACAAUAUUGGCCAAACAUACCUUUAAGAUUAUAAAAUUGUUUCUUUUUCAAAUAAAUCAUUCUAUAUAAUAAAUAU